GCUAACAAAGAAAUGAUGGACAAUAGAAGCUACUCUAAGCUGCCAGGAAAAGUGCCUGUCUUCCCGGAUUCUGCCCACCUGCCGCUGAGCAGGUCCUUCUGUCUGGACCCCAUGGUCACUCUCCACUUGUACCCCGAGGCCUCGGUGCCGUCCCCUUACUUUGAAGACCUGCCGUUGCUGCCCUUUUCCAGUGAUUCACUGGUCCUGGAAAAUUAUAGUGAGCCCUGCCCCUUCUCCUUCCCAAUGCCUUAUCCAAAUUACAGGAGGUGCGACUACUCCUACGGGCCCUCCUUUAUCCGGAAAAGGAAUGAGCGGGAAAGGCAGCGUGUGAAGUGUGUCAACGAAGGCUAUGCCCAGCUCCGACAUCACCUGCCGGAGGAGUACCUGGAGAAGCGACUCAGCAAAGUGGAAACCCUCAGAGCUGCAAUCAAGUACAUUCAUUACCUGCAGUCUCUCCUGCACCCUGAUAAGGCCGAGACCGAGAACAACCCUGGCAAAGGUCCCACCAUCAUAGCAACUGCCAGCCGCCACACGGACCCCAUUUUUAGAAUCAUUUGACUCAGUGGUUCCAAAUAGAAACAAAUCAUAUCACAAAAUGGGGUUUCAUAGCGUCAUGCAGUAGUUUUCCCUAAAUGUAAUUUCUGUGUGGGCAGGUAAUAGCUCGGAUUAACCUGUGCUGGAUAUUUCUUACCUGGGUUUCAGGUGCACUAAACAUCAUCAUCUCUAGAUUGAGAAGAUGCUUCUUAAGCACUUUAGGAGAGCCGGAGUUCCAGGAUUCUCUAUACCUCUCACCUUGCCCUUCUCACACCCUUCGCCAGAGUCUCAGCCAUGAGAAACUUAAAAGCAUUGUGUGAGGAAUGGUUCCUGAAUACUAGUAGUGCAUUUUGCUAACCCUCAUGCAAAUACAACGAACUCCCUUGAUUUGUCAAAGUUUGGUGUUUUUUAUGAUUUGGGGUUGACAAUAAAUCUAUGCCUUACCCAUGCCAUGAUGGGGAAGUGU